UCAAUCGCACUGCACCCUUUGCUCUCACCCCUCCCCCCUAUGUUAGUCAUCAUGGCGGAACUGUAAUGUCCAGGACGAGAAAACUGUACCAUCCGCCCCUGGAGUUCAUUUAUUUAUUUAUUUAUUUAUCACAAACCUCCCCACAAUGACCCGCUGGAUUCCGACUAAAAAAGAGAAAUAUGGUGUUGCGAUCUAUAAUUACAAUGCCAGAGGAGAGCAGGAGCUGUGUCUGCAGGUGGGGGACACGGUACACAUACUGGAGACAUUUGAAGGGUGGUACAGAGGAUACACACUACGGAAUAAAUCACACAAGGGCAUUUUCCCAGCUUCCUACAUCCACCUGAAAGAGGCUAAAGUUGAAGGGACAGGCCAGCAGGAGAUUGUUAUCCCAGCUGAUCUUCCCCUGGUGCAGGAGCUGAGUGCCACCCUCAGGGAGUGGGCCCAGAUAUGGCACAUGCUCUAUGUGAACAACAAGACCACACUGUUCCGGAAUGUUCAGCAGAUGGCUUAUAGCCUGAUAGAGUAUCGAUCUCAGAUAGUGUCAGGGACGUUACCCAAAGAUGACCUGGUAGAGCUCAAGAAGAAAGUCACGGCUAAAAUUGAUUAUGGAAACCGAAUACUAGGUUUGGACCUGGUUGUGCGGGAUGAGGCAGGGAACACUUUGGAUCCGGACUGCACCAGCACAGUCAGUCUGUUCCGGGCUCACGAGACCGCGUCCCGAAGUAUUGAUGAAAGGAUACAGGAGGAGAAGACCCGGCUCCAGAACCUGGAGAUGAGGCGACAGUCCCUCUUCAGCACAGUCCACACCUACAGCCUCUUCAUGAACCUGAAGAACUUUGUGUGUAACAUUGGGGAGGACGCCGAGCUGCUCAUGUCCCUCUAUGACCCGGACCAGUCUGAGUUCAUCAGCGAGAACUUCCUGGUGCGAUGGGACAGCACGGGCAUGCCCAAAGAGAUUGAGAAGCUGAACAACCUGCCAGCGCUCUUCACGGAUCUGAGCAGCAGCGACCUGAUCCGUCCGCGGGUCUUCUUGGUCUGUCAGAUCAUCCGCGUGGGGUGCAUGGAGCUGAAGGAGGGCAAGAAGCACACCGGAGGGCUGAGGAGACCCUUCGGAGUGGCAGUGAUGGACAUCACAGACAUAGCUCACGGGAAGGCGGAUGACGAGGACAAGCAGCACUUCAUCCCUUUCCAGCAGAUCGCGAUGGAAACAUACAUUCGUCAGAGGCAGCUCAUCAUGUCCCCAUUGAUCCCGUCCCGCGUCAUCGGGGAGAACGAGCCGCUCACCGCCGUCUUCAACAAGGUCAUCGCCACCCGGGAGGUCAACCACAAGGGUCAAGGACUAUUUGUGACCUUGAAGCUGCUCCCAGGGGAUCUGGCUCAGGUCCAGAAGGAUUACCCUCACUUCGUGGACCGCAGCACGGCCAUCGUCAGGAAAAUGGGCUUCCCUGAAAUCAUCCUUCCAGGAAACGUGAGGAACGAUAUCUACGUGACGCUGCUUCAGGGGGAGUUUGACCGAGGCAAGAAGAAGACACCAAAAAACGUGGAAGUGAUGAUGAGUGUGCUGGAUGAUGAAGGCACGCCCAUGGAAAAAGCUAUAUUCCCUGGGGCUGGGUAUGAUGGAAUCACAGAGUACAAGUCGGUUAUUUACUACCAGGUCAAACAGCCCUGCUGGAAUGAAACUGUCAAGGUGACAAUUCCAAUCGAGGAUGUGUGUCGCUGUCACCUCAGGCUGAUGUUCCGACACCGAUCGUCCCAAGACUCCAGGGACAAAUCGGAGAAGCCCUUCGGCAUGGCGUUCGUGCGGCUCAUGAAGUCCGACGGGACCACGCUGCGCGACGGUAAACACGACCUCAUCGUCUACAAGGUUGAUGUGAAGAAGGCAGAGGAUGCUAAGACGUACCUGACGAUGCCCGGGUCAUGGGCCGAGGUGGAGGAGAAGGAAAGACAGACCGGGAAGCCUUUCCAUCACUCAGGCGUGAUUCCUGUAACCAAAGACAGCUUCCAAAUAGCCACUCUCACCUGCUCCACGAAACUCACUCAAAACGUGGAUCUGCUGGGCCUGCUGAACUGGAGAUCCCACCCCGAGGAGCUGGAUCAGACCCUUCAGCGCCUCAUGGAAGUUGAAGGAGGGGAGAUCGUCAAGUUCUUGCAGGACACCCUGGAUGCCCUGUUCAACAUCAUGAUGGAGACCUCAGAAAAGGACACGUACGACACACUAGUGUUCAACGCCUUGGUUUUCAUCAUUUCCCUGAUCGGGGACAUCAAGUUUCAGCACUUCAAUCCAGUCCUGGAGACCUACAUCAACAAGCACUUCAGUGCCACCCUGGCCUACACGAAGCUGACUAAGGUGCUGAAUUACUAUGUGGGGCAUGCAGAAGACCCGGCCCUGACAGAAAGACUCUACUCUGCGCUCAAAGCCCUAAAAUACCUCUUCAGGUUCAUCGUCCAGUCCCGGGUUCUCUACCUCAGAUUCUACGGGAACAGCGAGGACGGGGACGCAUUCUUUAACUCCAUACGGACUCUCUUCCUGUCCUUCAACACGCUGAUGGACAGGCCCCUGGAUGAGGGGGUCAAAAUCAAAGGGGCGAUAUUGAAAUACCUCCCCACCAUCAUCAAUGAUAUCCAGCAUGUCUUUGACCCUGUGGAACUCAGUGUUCUUCUGACCAAAUUUAUAGAGAGCAUUCCAGAUGCCCAGCUAGUGCGGCAGAAGCUGGGCUGUAUGUGUAAGAUGGUGGAGAGUGACCUCUUCAAGCAGCCAGAGAGCCGUGAUGUUCUCCUGCCCCUGCUGACCGACCAGCUGAGCGGUCAGCUGGAUGACCACUCCAACAAGCCCGACUACGAGGCCUGCGUCCAGCUGCUCAGCACUGUCCUGGACAACCUGGACCGCAAGGAUGUGGGCCCCACAAGGGGACAUGUUCAGAUGAUCAUGGAACGCUUGCUUCGUCGGGUCAAUCGCACCGUCAUCAGCAUGGACCGGAGUUCUCCUCUCAUUGGGCACUAUCUGGCCUGCAUGACGGCAAUCUUGAAACAAAUGGACAACGAGCACUACUCCCACUACAUCAGCACCUUCAAAACCAGACAGGACAUCAUUGACUUCCUGAUGGAGACUUUCAUCAUGUUUAAGGAUCUGAUGGGAAACGUCUUUCCCUCUGACUGGAUGAUCAUGAACCUUCUGCAGAUUCAGGUGUUCCUGCGUGCCAUCAAUCAGUACUCAGACGUCCUCAACAAGUUUUUCCUGGACCAGGCACACUUUGAGCUCCAGCUGUGGAACAACUACUUCCACCUGACUGUGGCUUUUCUUACCCACAAGUCAUUGCAGCUGGAAAAUUUCUCUCAGGAGAAACGCAACAAGAUCCUCAACAAAUACGGAGACAUGAGGAGGACUAUUGGCUUCAAGAUCCGAGACAUGUGGUACAACCUUGGGCCCCAUAAGAUAAAGUUCAUCCCAUCUAUGGUGGGGCCCAUUUUGGAGGCCACCCUCGUCCCCGAGCCGGAGCUGAGGAAAGCCACCAUUCCCAUCUUCUUCGACAUGAUGCAGUGCGAGCACAACUUCAGCCACAACCACACCUUCCAAAUGUUUGAGAAUGAACUCAUCACCAAGCUGGACCAAGAGGUGGAGGGGGGCCGGGGAGACGAACAGUAUAAGAUCCUGCUGGAGAAAACGUUACUGGAGCACUGCAGACGGCACCGGUACCUCUCCCAGUCUGGGGAGUCCCUGGCCCUCCUGCUGAGCAGCCUCCUGGAGAACCUGCUCGCCUACCGCACCAUAACGCACGACGAGAGUCCCGAGCACCGCAUGAGCUGCACUGUCAACGUGCUGAACUUUUACAAGGAAAAGAAGAGGGAGGACAUCUACAUUCGGUAUCUGUACAAGCUGCGCGACUUGCACCUGGACAGCGAGAACUACACGGAGGCGGCGUACACCCUGCUGCUGCACGCUGAGCUGCUGGAGUGGUCCGACAAGCCCUGCGAGCCCCACCUGAUCCCUCGUGAUGGCUCGCACAUCUGGACUCAGCAGGAGCUGAAGGAGAGGCUCUUCCAGGAGAUCAUGUGCUACCUGGACAAGGGCAAGAUGUGGGAGAAAGCCAUCGAGAUGAGCAAACAGCUGGCCAGGAUGCACGAGAACCAGAUGUUCGACUUUAUGGAGCUCAGCCAGCUACUGAAACAGCAGGCACAGUUCUACGAGAACAUCAUGCAUGCAAUGCGUCCACAGCCUGAGUACUUUGCAGUGGGUUACUAUGGCCUUGGUUUCCCUUCCUUCCUCAGGAAUAAAGUCUUUAUUUACCGCGGUAAGGAGUAUGAGCGACUGGAGGACUUCAGCAUGAAGCUACUCUCCCAGUUCCCUGUGGCAGUGAAAAUGACCAGCACAGCGCCCCCUGGAGAUGACAUCUGUAACUCACAGGGGCAGCACAUCCAGUGUUUCACCGUCAAACCAGUCCUCACGCUGCCCAAGCAGUUCAAGGACAAAGGAGUCCCAGAGCAGAUUCUCAAUUACUACAGAGCUAAUGAAGUGGAUCAGUUCCAGUACUCUAGACCCUUCAGGAAAGGAGAAAAGGACCCAGAUAAUGAGUUUGCUACCAUGUGGAUUGAGAGGACCACAUACAUCACAGCCUACCGCUUCCCUGGGAUCCUCAAGUGGUUUGAAGUGAAGUCCAUGUCUGUUGAGGAGAUUAGCCCUCUGGAGAACGCCAUUGAGGCCAUGGAGAUGGCCAAUGAGAAGCUGAGCAACCUGGUGCAGCAGCAGGCGUGUGACCGCUCGCUGUCCGUCCACCCUCUAUCCAUGAUGCUCAGCGGCAUCGUCGACCCCGCCGUCAUGGGCGGCUUCUCUAACUACGAGAAGGCAUUCUUCACGAACGCUUACAUUCACGACCACCCUGAAGACCUGGAGCGCAUCGAGGUCCUAAAACACCUCAUUGCCCUGCAAACUCCCCUCCUGGCAGACGGAAUACAGAUCCACGGGGAGAAAUCGACAGAAGAGCUGAAGCCCCUACAUAACCGCCUAGUCACCUGCUUUCAGGACCUAAAGGAGAAAGUGGAGAAACAAUAUGGAGUCAUCACUCUGCCGUGCUCGCUGACGGAGAGGAAGAAGAGCCGAGUGGGCUCCAUGGUGAUGCCCUACAUCAUGUCCUCCACCUUGCGCCGCAUGUCCACCGUCUCCACCCUCUCCAACGCCUCCUCCGGCCUCUCCAGCAGCUCGGCCUCCUCGGAAGGCGGCCCCUCCCGGCCCUGCUCGCAGGACUCACUGCUGUCCCGUGUCAACGAUCGCCGGGUCUCGGCCCUCUCCCACUCUGAAGAGGACAACCGGAUCGGCCGCAAGAACCGGAAGGAGUGGAGCGUGAGCAAGUCUCAGGUUCUGGUGGAGAGGCCGAUGGACACAGACGAGACGCCACCAGAGAAGCAGCAGAGGCCGAAGAGCUUGCAGUUUGGAGACCGGCGUCUCACCCUGUCGCUCUUCCAGGGCGUUUCCUCUCAGCUCAGUCUGUCCAACCCUCUGAGCCCCCUGCCUGCCUCUCCAAACACCCCUCGCAGCUCUAGUUACACGGCUCUCCCAAAUGACAACGACAUGACCUCUGAACCCCCAGGGACCCCCCCGCCAAUGCCACCGAAGAAACACCCCCACGACGGCGACAGUCCUCGCAACUCUGCUGAGUUCGUUCCUCCAUUGCCUAUGAAAGUGGACAACAGGCCACCCCCGCCCCCUCCCAAAACCCGCAAAUCCAUGUUUCCAUCAUAUGAACACAGCCCACAGUGAGAGCACAUGGAAACAAGUCAGGAACCGGGGGUUGUGUUCUACUCCCAUAACCUCCCCGUCUUCUCUGAUCUGCAUGAAUGCGGUGAGAAUGAAGAGGGGGUUGAUUAGGGCCAUUGUGAGCAAUACUGAGGGACUGAACAAGAGACAGAACCUGGAAAACUUUGUACCAGAUCAUGGAGGAGGAUUAUGCCUGUAGUUUCCUUGGACUCAACCAGCUCAACCAGGUGUCCCGGAAUGAAACUGGACAGGGAGGCGUGAUUUUUGGGUUUGCAUUCCAAUUAUGAAUUUUCUGUGGCUUGUUUAGAAAUUGUAGCACAUUUAAACUGAGAUGAUUUAAAUACAUAUUUGUAUAUACUGUUGUAUAAAUCGUGUGUAUUACUACUGGGCAAAGGGUUGACCAAAGGUUUAUUUUGUGGUUUUUCAUUAUAUGUUGAAAUUGGACUGUAUUAAGCCAUUAAUACCAGAGUGUUUUGGGGCAUUCUGUAUUAAAAAUGUGCUCAGAUGCUGCAUUAAAAUAUUUUCCAUACAUUUUAUAUAAUUGCUGUAUAGAUGACUAUAAUUAUACAAUGAAGAUGUAAAACAGUUAUUUUGUACUGAGCAUCUCCAGAGUUCACAGAGCCUAUCUGUUCCGACAUCAUAAACGGUCCAUUACGAUCACAAUAUAUUGAAAUUAAUUAAUUUUCCUCUAAUGCACGCACUUGAGGUAAUCCAUGACAUUCAUCGGAUCAAUAAUAUUUCUGGUGUAAUAAAAGUAUCAUUUCAUAUUUCUGUGAUGCUAGUUUAAGCAAACAUUCGUACAUGGGGCUGUAUGCAUAUUUAUCUAGAAGAGCAGACUGUAUUCUCAGAUGACUAUCAGUGUAAUAAUAAUUAAAAUCAUCUGCAGACACAUUGACUAUGCAUACUGUGAGGGGGAUGACAGCACACUAAAGAUUUAUUGCUUAAGUGCUUUAAUGACCUCUUCCAUCAAAUCAUAUUUUUUUGAGACAUGCACUGGAUGGCUGUUAUGUAUAUGCGAUUUUUGUUAUUUUCUUUAUAAAGAACAAAAUAAUGUAUCUGUAGCGAUUUCCUGCUUCUCUAAGCAGAAAUGAACUGUGUUUGUAUUUUGGUGUCUUUCAUUUUGACACUGUAAGGUUCGAGCAUGGAACAGUGGUUCAUGUUGGUACGUCUUUUGUUAUAAGAAUUAGUCACGGGACAUCAGCUUUUUGUUAAAUGAGUUUGGUCAUUUGUUGAUUUAUUGUUGCCUCCUUUAACUUAUUUCCAGUGGCAGUCCCAUCUAUUUGGGUUUACAACCUAGCGCUCCUUAUUGAAUAAUUCAAGUGUACCGAACAACACGGACCAUGUGAUUGCAAGUAUGAGAUGAAUGAACAAAUCAAUUAAAUGGAAACAAAGAGACUAACUAUUUUAAUGCUGUUUAUUUUAAAAUAAAACCCAUUUAAAGAGUUAUUUUGCAAAUGAUUGAGCAUUUUAUAGACUUGCUUUGUGUACAGUUUGCUUAGGAAUUUUCUUUAAUGUCCAGUUUACUAUGAUUGUGGUGUAAGAUUGUCAGUAUUGUAGAUUUUCAGGGACCUAAACAAAAACUUUUAGGGAAGGGAAUGGACCUAACUUUAUUUUUUUAAGUAAUAUUUUUAUUUUAAACACGUACAAGAAAAUCAGAAUCAUGAUACUGUAAAAGAGACGCCUGUGAGGGGAUGUACAAUAGCAUUGGCGUGGCGACGCCAGACACUGAACUUUUUAAUCAACUUGUAAAGCUAA